AUGGUCUUGGUCGGAAAUGGUGAUUGCAUUUCUAGCAAACGGGUUGAGAGACGCCUCCCAGAAAUUUUAGGAGAGCUGCUUCAAGUGCCUCGUCAAAGAAGGGAUGCAAGCCAGUUAACAACUUAUGAACAUGGUUUCUGUGUUAGACUCAAGGGAUCCUAUGCUGGGAGCAAAGCUGAGAAAUAUUAUGUCCAUAACCACUUGAGCUUCAUAGUCAUGUAUCACAAGAACCUUGAGACUGCUUCUACUCACGUGGCUGGCUUUGAGGUUGCUCUAAUCAGCAUUGAUCAUGAGUACAAUGCUUGGGAUGAUAUGGACACUCAAUUGGUAAGAUACACCAAAAAUAUAAUUGAAGGUAAGGAGUUUGUAUUUACAUAUGAUGUUUCUUUCAAGCCUAGUGAAAUCAAGUGGGCAUCUAGUUGGGACACCUACCUCCUUAUGAAUGAAGAACAAAUCCAUUGGUUCUCCAUUCUCAAUUUUCUGAUGAUUGUCCUCUUCCUUUCUGGUAUGAGAACUCUCUGUAGAGAUAUUGCCAACUAUAAACAGUUGGAGAUCAAGGAUGAAGCCUAAGAGGAAACUGCAGGGUGGAAGCUUGCAGGAAAUGUUUUCAGACCCCCCAUCAAUUCUGGUUUACUCCGUUUCUAUGUUGGGACAGGGGUCCAGAUCUUUGGAAUGACACUUGUUCCGAUGAGUUUUGCAUUAGUGGGUUUCCUAUCACCUUUAAACCGAAGGCAGCUUAUGACUACCACAGUUCUCUUGUGGGUUUUCAUGGGUUUAAUUGCAGGUUACUCAGUUCACUGGUACAAGAUGUUCAAGGGUGCAGAAUGGAAGAGAAAUACUUUGAAAGCUGCGUUCAUGUUUCCUGGUAUACUCUUUGCAAUCUUGUUUGCGUUGAAUGCACUCAAAUGGGGAGAGCAGUUUUUAGGUGUGUUGCCCUUUGGCACCAUGUUUGCUCUUGUAUUCUUAUGGUUUGGUAUAUCAGUACCAUUGGUUUUUGUGGGUAACUAUUUGGGUUUCAAGAGCCCAGCUAUUGAAGACCCAGUGAAGACAAAUCAGAUCCCAAGAGAGAUACCAAAGCAGGCUUGGUACAUGAAACCAGCCUUUUCUAUUCUUAUCGGAGGCAUACUUUCCUUUGGAGCUGUCUUUGUUGAACUCUAUUUCAUCUUGACAUCAAUAUGGUUUAACCAGUUCUACUACAUCUUCAGCCCCUUGCAAGCCUUAGACAAUGUGGGGAAGGUCACUUGUAAACUUGACUCAUCGGCCAUGGCAAAAAGUCGCCACAAGCAGCGCGACUGCGAGGUAAGACAUGCUCUAGUCCACUGGGGUGGUUUACCUUGGAAGAGGCUUCAUGGGAAGACAUUACUGUUAUUCAUUAUUUCCCACUCGAUCCUUGAGGACAAGGUUCCUUCGGAAGAAGAUGGCAAUGUUACGACUCAGCAUGAUGUUGAAGAGCUGAGUAGCACUUCUGCCACGAUAGCACCCCACUCGGGAAGGAGAAACACACAAACUUCAUGA